AUGAACUUUCUUGAUGGAAUUUCAUUAUUAAACCUAUCCAUGGCGAAUAGAAAGUUAAGAUAUCAUGCACAAGAUAAUUUGCUUUGGUUGGAAGUUUGUCUGAGAGAAUAUCCUGUGUAUAUGGUGGGUAUAAUUAAGGAUAAAAAAAGAACUCCCCUGGUACAAGAUUAUAAAUGGCUGGAUAUUUGGAAGGAAUUUGAUCGGAAGAAUUAUACAUUUGUUUUUACCGAGAAAGAAAAUUUCGCUAUUCCAAAUCGUUGGUAUGAAUCAACCAGCGAUGCAAAUCAUCCAAAAAUAAUAAAGACAAAUCAUGAAUUUUUUGAGUUAUUUGCGGUUUUCGUAUCAAUUUAUCCGGGAACUUAUGAGCUAAUUUGGGAAAUGAAAAUUGGAACGAUUCAUGAGGGUUGUAAUUUUAAAUUUAACACCAAAGUGAUAGAUCACAAUUGGAAUAAAAUUUUAAAGACGUAUUCAUAUAAACCCAAACCUGAAGAAUUUAAAAAAAUGUCCAAAAAAGGCUGGUGUAAUUUUAAAGUACCAAAUAAAAUCGUGAUAGAACACGAACAACAUGUGAAAACUGAAUUUAGAAGAUAUACAACGCUCGAAGAAAAUGAAGGUUCCUUGUGGUUUGAAUCUUUAGAAUUGUAUUGUGUACAUUUACAAAGAUGUACAAAUGAUGCACUGUCGACCUCUAAAAAAGACCAAACAAUGUCAAAAAGUAUUAAAAGAUUAACCAAACUGUUAAACUUCUAG